AUGUCUACCAUGUUAUCAAACGAGGCUCAACUGCGUUACAUGAUAGAGUGGUUUCGGGAGUGGUCCGAAAUGCAGCGGAGCGAUUUUUUGGGAAUCUUCCUGGAAAACUGUGGCCCUCCGGGGCUUGUAAACGGAUUGGUGGCUGGGAUGGAAAAAUUGGAUUGUGAGGGAUCAGAUAGGCCUCCGAGCUUGUUCCAAUGUCGCGUUAAACUCUUCAGAGAGUGGAGUAGCAAUUGGUCCCAGCACGAGAAAGACUCCUUAUUGGCAGCGAUUAAGAAUAUAGAUGACAAGUUUGCUGAGAAAUACGAAGAAAGAUUAUCAGCUUUGAUGGAGGAUAAACAAUGA